UUACGUCAUCACGUCGCGCGGCCGUGGAGACCAGAGCCCGGACGACCACCGUGAAGGCUCCGGAGCCUCGGGGUCGGGGCUGCCGCGGCGCUCCGGCUCCUCCUGAGCCGCCGGCUGGCCGCGCGCCCCGCCCCAUCCCAUUCCCACCGGCAGGGGACGGGCCUGUGCGGCCGGAGCGGCCGGGACUGGAGAAUUCCAGAGGCAAAAAGAAAAAAAAAAAGAUUAAAAAAAAAACAACUGUGACUAAAGUCUGUGGACACUUCAGAAACUACUUACAUUGAUUUUCAAUUGCUUUAUCCAAGGAUCCUUUGUUCUUUCUCAGUAUUACUUGAUGGGAGGCAUUAUGGCCCCCAAAGACAUAAUGACAAAUACUCAUGCUAAAUCCAUCCUCAACUCAAUGAACUCCCUCAGGAAGAGCAAUACCCUCUGUGAUGUGACCUUGAGAGUAGAGCAGAAAGACUUUCCUGCCCACCGGAUUGUGCUGGCUGCCUGCAGUGAUUACUUCUGUGCCAUGUUCACUAGUGAGCUUUCAGAGAAAGGGAAGCCUUAUGUUGAUAUCCAAGGCUUAACAGCCUCCACCAUGGAAAUCCUGUUGGACUUUGUGUACACGGAAACGGUUCAUGUGACAGUGGAGAACGUACAGGAGCUGCUCCCUGCAGCCUGUCUGCUUCAGCUGAAAGGUGUGAAGCAAGCAUGCUGUGAGUUCCUCGAAAGCCAGUUGGACCCCUCUAAUUGCCUGGGGAUCAGAGACUUUGCUGAAACUCACAACUGUGUCGACCUGAUGCAGGCAGCUGAGGUUUUUAGCCAGAAGCAUUUUCCGGAAGUGGUGCAGCAUGAAGAGUUCAUUCUUUUGAGUCAAGGGGAAGUGGAAAAGCUGAUCAAGUGUGAUGAAAUUCAGGUGGAUUCAGAAGAGCCAGUCUUUGAGGCUGUCAUCAAUUGGGUGAAGCAUGCCAAGAAGGAGCGAGAAGAAUCUUUACCUGACCUGCUACAGUAUGUGCGGAUGCCCCUGCUGACCCCCAGGUACAUUACAGAUGUAAUAGAUGCUGAGCCUUUCAUCCGCUGUAGCUUACAGUGCAGAGAUCUAGUUGAUGAAGCAAAGAAGUUCCAUCUGAGGCCUGAACUUCGGAGUCAGAUGCAGGGACCCAGGACAAGGGCUCGUCUAGGAGCCAAUGAAGUGCUUUUGGUGGUUGGAGGCUUUGGAAGUCAGCAGUCUCCUAUUGAUGUGGUAGAAAAAUAUGAUCCUAAAACUCAGGAGUGGAGCUUUUUGCCAAGCAUCACUCGCAAGAGACGCUACGUAGCCUCAGUAUCCUUACAUGACCGGAUCUACGUAAUUGGUGGCUAUGAUGGCCGUUCCCGCCUCAGUUCAGUGGAGUGUCUAGACUACACGGCAGAUGAGGAUGGGGUCUGGUAUUCUGUGGCCCCUAUGAAUGUCCGACGAGGCCUUGCUGGAGCUACCACCCUGGGAGAUAUGAUCUACGUCUCUGGAGGCUUUGAUGGAAGCAGGCGUCAUACCAGUAUGGAGCGAUAUGACCCAAACAUUGACCAGUGGAGCAUGCUGGGAGAUAUGCAGACAGCUCGAGAGGGUGCAGGACUGGUUGUAGCCAGUGGAGUGAUAUACUGUCUAGGAGGAUAUGAUGGCUUAAAUAUCUUAAAUUCAGUUGAGAAAUAUGAUCCCCAUACAGGACACUGGACUAAUGUUACACCAAUGGCCACAAAGCGCUCCGGUGCUGGAGUGGCCCUACUGAAUGACCAUAUUUAUGUGGUGGGGGGAUUUGAUGGUACAGCCCACCUCUCUUCUGUUGAAGCUUACAAUAUUUGCACUGAUUCCUGGACAACUGUCACUAGUAUGACCACUCCACGAUGCUAUGUAGGGGCCACAGUGCUUCGGGGAAGACUCUAUGCAAUUGCAGGAUAUGAUGGGAAUUCCCUGCUGAGUAGCAUCGAGUGCUAUGAUCCUGUCAUUGACAGCUGGGAAGUGGUGACGUCCAUGGGAACCCAGCGCUGUGACGCGGGGGUGUGUGUACUCCGAGAAAAGUGACCACUGUCGGAGCAGCAUCCGGAGCUAGCAACCAGUCCCAGGGACACUUUGUGGGAGAACCAAGGAUCCUUUCCAGAAUGUCUAUUUCUCACUGUGUGCACAGGGUGAUUACAGGCACCAGUGCAGUGAUGAUUGUACGUAUUUGACUGACCCACUCUCUCUCUCUCUCUCUCGUGCUGAUGGUAUCCCUCUGAAGGGUGAGUCACAGAUGCUCCAGGGAAGAGAAUGUACAUUGAACGGGUGUGAGACCAGGCCUUGCCUCCCUCUGGUCUGGGGAGCACUUCCUUGUCCUUUCUCAUGUACCUUGUGCUUGGGAGAAUAUAUGUAUAUGUGUACGUUGUGCCUCGUAUAUUGCAGAGAACUCUUGAGUAUGGCCUGCUACAGGGGACAGACAGUAACCAGCCUAGAUCAUUGGAAGGAUGCCAACUUGCAUAACUUGGUAAAAGCCAGGUCUUUCCUUUUCAAUCUUUUUUCCAUGAACAAAUAUGUUUUCUAACCUACAGGUAGCUAGAGGCACCACAAUUCCAUUCUGGAGGAAAAUGAAGGGAGAGCCUAUCAAGUUGGAGGUUAAGGGGAGAGAUUCAUAUUAUGCUCUCUUAGGGAACAGGGUUGGUACACCAAAAACUGAGGGUAGAGAAAGUAACCUGCAAAUGAACUCCAUGGGACGCAAGUGAGCCUGGAGCACCGCUGAAGGGAGCCUGGAGGACCGAGAAGGAUGUACUGUUGGAAGGAUCUUUUUAUUUCCCCAAGGUCUUUCUAAAGUAGAGUGGUGAGCAUCUUGGCACUGAAGACUGUCAGAGAUUACAGAUGAAUCCAUUGUUGAGAGAGGAGAGGACAGAAGUGCGGGAAUUCAGUGUACCUGGGGAUAAACUACAAUGUCUUACUCCCUGCCAGGGCUCAUGCAGCCAUAGCACUAUUUGUCUUGAAUGGGUAAAUGACCAUCUUUUGUUGUUGUUGUUGAAUCACAUACUGCUAUAUUACUACACUCCACACUUAUUUAUUUGGGGAUGGGUUGGGGGUGUCAGCAACCCAGAAGUUCAGCUACCUGAUUACUGCCUCAUUCUUUCAAGGGUUUACUUCUGCUGAGGAGUGUGUUUCCUGCUGUGUGUGGUGGUUUAGUCCUCUUCCUGCUACAAGUUACACUUUGUUGUCUUUGGAAUGAAUUGUAUUCAUCUCAAGACAGGAUAACUAAGGACAACCAAAAUAUUUCUGUUCGUUCCAGUACCUGUGCUAUCGCUAUUUCUGAGCUGCUCUUCAAGGCUCCUCUAUAUCUUGCAGUGAUUUCUUGCUUUAUGAGUGCUGGCAGUUUGGGAAUGUGAUAACCUAACAAGGUUGCCCUUUCCCUUUGCUCUGGAAUUCCAUUUUUUCCCGCUGUCCCUAAGUUGUAUUGACCUAUGGAGUUAAUUUCCUUUGUAUUUUUUUAAGAAAAUAAUAAAAAUCGGCUGUUUCAAAUA